AUGACAGAACACUGCGCGAGGUGGGGUGUUCACCGACUUCGUGGACGGCAAGGGGAUCGUCCACGACCUGACCUGCCCGUACACCCCGCAGCAAAAAAUGUGCAACAACAACAACAACAACAACAACAACAACAACAACAACAACAACAACAACAACAACAACAACAACAACAACAACAACAACAACAACAAGCGCUCAGCGACAACUGCUCCUUCAAGUGUUCCGGCAACACCAAUGAAAAUCAAUCAAUGCCGUGGUGGUCUCCAUAUGGUGUUUGA